AGAAAAUGGUAUUUUGGUAAAAGACACAAAAACCAAAAAAAACAGAGUGGGGAGAUAGAGAGCAGCAUCUUAUCUGCUAUCGAGUGGGUAAGAAGAAUCAGAAAAUAAAAAAAAAUGGCGAAUUCACUCUGCUUCUUCGCUUCUCCUCCUACCUUUUGCCUCCAAUCUCCCAGCAAAAACCCUAAAACUACUCGCUUCUUCUUAAUUGGUGAUAAUAAGAACUCGUCUUUGGCUCCGAAGAGAGAAGUGUUGCAUCAGACUUCGAAAUCCAAAAGUUUUGAGAUUCAGGCCACAAACGGUACUCAGACACCUAAAACGAACAGCAUACUUUGUCAAAAUUGUGAAGGCAACGGUUGUGUGGCAUGUUCUCAAUGCAAAGGAGGUGGUGUGAAUUUGAUUGAUCAUUUUAAUGGGCAGUUUAAAGCUGGUGCGCUCUGUUGGCUUUGCAGAGGUAAGAAGGAGGUGUUGUGUGGGGACUGCAAUGGAGCUGGUUUCAUUGGUGGUUUCUUGAGCACCUUCGAUGAGUAAUAGAGAAAAGCUUCUCCAAAAUGGGAUCUUGUGAUAUUAUCACUCAAAAACACUCUUUGUAAACCUCAGAAGUAGUCUUUUUCUCUAUAAAUGCUCUUCUAAACCAACAUGUAUUACUUUUUGUUAUUUGCACACCAUCUUGUAUUGUAUUGUUGUUUCUUAAAUACCUCUCACAUUUCUAUAUUUAUGUUAUUCUCUUCAAUUUAUCUUCUU